UAAACUAACGGAUUAUUAUUGUUGUUGUUUUAAAUUUAGCUCUUCGGGCUUAGCUGUUUGGGUUUUCUUUCGGCGGCCGGCCCCUGUCUCCCCGGCUUCCCCGCGGCCCCCGCCCGCCCGGCCGCCCGCCCCGGCGCCCCUCGCUCGCCUCCAGCCCGCGGGGAGCGCGGGCUCCGCGCCGCCUUUAAAGUGAGGCCAGGGGCCGCGGCUGGGACCGGCCGGGAUCCGGGCCUCGCCUCUUCCCUCGGGGGCGCUAGGGCUCCCUGGCCUGUCUUCGGUGCGGACGGAGAAGCGAAAGCGGAUCGUCCUCGGCUGCGCGGCCGCUGCCCCCGGGACCCAGCGCGCUCGCCUCCGCGCACCCACCCAGCCGCCCGCUCGGCCGGGCCGGGCCGGGCCGGGCCGGGCCGGGCCGCGGCGGCAGCUCGGCGCACCCAGCCAGAAUGUUCGCCGCCGGGCUGGCUCCCUUCUACGCCUCCAACUUCAGCCUCUGGUCGGCCGCCUACUGCUCCUCGGCCGGCCCGGGCGGCUGCUCCUUCCCGCUGGACCCCGCCGCGGUCAAGAAGCCCUCCUUCUGCAUCGCAGACAUCCUGCACGCGGGCGUGGGGGAGCCGGGGGCGGCCCCGGACGGCCUGGCGGGGGCCUCGGCCGCCGCCCUCACCGCGCACUUGGGCUCGGCUCACCCGCACGCGUCGUUCCAAGCCGCCGCCAGGUCCCCGCUCCGACCCACCCCGGUGGUGGCGCCCUCCGAGGUCCCGGCUGGCUUCCCGCAGCGGCUGUCUCCGCUCUCAGCCGCCUACCACCACCAUCACCCACAGCAACAGCAGCAGCAACAGCCGCCGCCGCCGCCGCCGCAGCAGCCGCCGCCGCCACCGCCACCCCGGGCUGGCGCCCUGCAGCCCCCGGUCUCCGCGGCGCGGGUGCUCCCCAACCCCCCGCAUAGCGGCUCGGCCCCGGCCCCCUCUAGCAAGGACCUCAAAUUUGGAAUUGACCGCAUUUUGUCUGCAGAAUUUGACCCCAAAGUCAAGGAAGGCAACACGCUGAGAGACCUCACGUCGCUGCUGACCAGCGGGCGGCCCGCAGGGGUGCACCUCCCAGGCCUGCAGCCCUCCGCCGGCCAGUUCUUCGCAGCUCUAGAUCCCAUUAACGAGGCGUCUGCCAUCCUGAGCCCCUUAAGCUCGAACCCGAGAAAUUCAGUUCAGCAUCAGUUUCAAGAUACGUUUCCAGGUCCCUAUGCGGUGCUCACGAAGGACACCAUGCCGCAGACGUACAAGAGGAAGCGCUCAUGGUCGCGGGCGGUCUUCUCCAACCUGCAGAGGAAAGGCCUGGAGAAAAGGUUUGAGAUUCAGAAGUAUGUCACGAAGCCCGACCGAAAACAGCUGGCCGCGAUGCUAGGCCUUACAGAUGCGCAGGUGAAGGUGUGGUUCCAGAACCGGAGGAUGAAGUGGCGGCACUCCAAGGAGGCCCAGGCGCAGAAGGACAAGGACAAGGAGGCGGGCGAGAAGCCGUCGGGCGGGGCCGCGGCGGCGGACGGCGAGCAGGAGGAGCGGAGCCUCAGCCGCUCGGAGGGCGAGGCCGAGAGCGAGAGCAGCGACUCCGAGUCCCUGGACAUGGUCCCCAGCGACACGGAGCGGACUGAGGGGGCCGAGCGGCCCCUGCACCAGACCACGGUCAUCAAGGCCUCGGCCGCGGGCGCGCUGCUCCCGGCCGGCGGCGGCGGCGGCAGCUUCAGCUUCGCCAGCAUCGGCGGCGGCGGCGGCGGCGCGGGGAGCGGGGGCGGCGGCGCCUCGGAGCUGCCCCCCGCGCCCCAGCCCCCGCCCAGCGGCGCUGCGCAGAGCCCCGAGCCCGCCCCGGCACCGCUGGGCGGCCUGUAGACUGCACAACGCAAGGGGCCCGGGGCCCGCGUGCCGCCCGCAGCCUCGCAGGUGGGCAGGACUCUGCGCCUGCUCCGCGGCGGCGGUGGGGCCCCCUUCCCCGCGGUGCCACCUGCCCGUCGCCCCGCCCGCGCCCAGAGCCGGGGGGGGGGUGGUGGCGCAGUGCCCCCCGCCCGAGGCCCCCACCCCGCGCCGGCCGGCCGAGCAUCUUCUCCCGGGCCGCGAGCAGUUCACACUGUGACGUGUUGGACGAAUCCGUUCCUCCCCGCACUCGGGGUCGUGGCGCGCAAAGACGAGCUGCACUUAGGACGCCACAAACUUGUAAAUAAAAUGUUUACUACGGUU